AUGCAGCUCUCGGACAGCAAGGAGAGGCAGCCGGUCGGUAACAACUGGGGCUUCUACACGCUGCUCACCGACCUGCCGCUCUACAUGAAGAAUAUGCUACAACAGGAUAUUAAGUCGGUUAGUUUGAUGCAGAGAGGCUGGGCGAUGUCUGAUCGUGAGCUGGUGGGAGACAGACUGCGCAAGGGCACGCUCUCCACUGUUACUGUCAGGAAAGCUGCUUUAGCCUUCGUGGAGUGCAACCGCGGCGCCACCAUCGCCAUCCUGUUCGUCGCCGUCACUCUCCAGGGCGGGAUCUACACGGGGUUCAUGGUCAACCACGUGGACAUCGCUCCUAACUUCGCCGGGACGCUCUUCGGGAUCACCAACGCCGCUGCCACCAUCCCCGGCUGGGUGGCGCCCAUGACGGUUGGGGCGGCUCACCAACGGGCAGCAAACGUUUCGGACAGUGGCGCAAAGUCUUCUACAUUUCCGCCGCUUGGUUCAUAGCCGACGCCGUGUUCUUCCUGUGCUUCGCCUCGGGAACGGAACAGAGAUGGAAUAAAGUGGAAGAAAAGAAAGUGGCAAUAAGGAUCAGCCCAAUGCAGCUCCACGUGCCUCAAGCUGAUCCCGCGUAUGACGUGUAUGUCGUCAACCCGAACUUCAGAAAUACUCAUGUCAACUUGGCUUAUAAGAGUGACUGAGGCUUCAUCUUGCGGAGAUCCAACUUCGUGCAUUCGGGUAUCUUAAUUUAGCUGUAAGGUCAAGUUUGUGCCGUUAUUUUAUAUGAAGAAGAGGGUGUUAAUAGGCGAAGAUAUUGUGUUUUGAGAAA